AUUAGCAAUGUCUAUGGGCCUUUCGGUUAUCUUGAUGAUGUCCCAUUUAAGAUAGGAGACAAAUUCAAAACCCCAGCAAAAGUUGGAUUACCCAUUGGUUUCUAUCUGCCUGAUUUUUCUCAGCUUGUCAGAAAAGCCCAGUAUGACUUCUCAUUGGAAAAAAAAACGAUCGAGUGGGCUGAAGAUAUCAAAAAAAUUGAAGCUGCCCAGAGAGAAGCUGAAUACAAGGCAGAAGAAGCACUAUUGAACUCAAAAGCAGCUCCAGGUGUCAGCAACAAAAUGAGAUUCUCAGAAGGAUCUUGCCCUGAGGCCAUGCCUCCUCCCAUUAACCCCAUCCUCGCUAGCCUGCAGCACAACAAUAUUCUUACUCCAAUGCCAGCCAACAGCAGCUCUCUGAAGCAAAAGGUUCUCAGUCCACCUUGUCCAAAAGCAGACUUCAACCCAGCUGAUUUUGAAUGUGAAGAAGACCCAUUUGACAAGCUGGAAUUAAAAACUAUCAAUGAUAAGGAGGAAUUAAAAAAUAUUCUUGAAAUUCAUGUUGGUACUACUGAGCCAGUUGUUGCCCAGCUGUCAGAUAAUACUUUGCCCAAAGGAGGAUCUGAGUCUGUGUUACAAGAUGAGAAAGUUCUGGCAUCCAUAGAAAGGGGCGCAUUGGACUUCAAACCCCUUCAUAAACCCAAUGGCUUUAUCACUUUACCACAGUUGGGAAAUUGUGAAAAGAUGUCCUUGUCUUCCAAAGUGUCCCUGUCACCUAUCACUUCAGUGAGCAAUAUCAAAUCCUUGUCCUUUCCUAAACUUGACUCUGAUGAGAGCGAUCAAAAAUCAUCAAAGUUCACAAGCACUUUCCACAGCACUACCUGUCUCCACAAUGGCACUUUUCUCAGCUCUUUGCAGACCUGUGCUCCAAGUAAAUCUAGUGAACUGAAUGGACACCAUAUGGUUGGUCUUUCUGCUGUAAAUGAAGACAGUGACAUGGAGGCAUCAAUGUUAUCCUCUUCAUCCAGGCUACCUUCCUUGGCUGUAUCAACAGUUUGUACAGAAGAAGAAUCAUCUCAAAACACAGCAACUAUGGUACACCCAGACUACAAGAAAACAGAAAUCCCUGUGGUAACGCACCAAAAUUUCUCAGUGUCUAAAGUUCCCAAUAACACCAGUCACACAAAGCAGUCUAGUGGCCCCACUCCUGAACUACAGCAUGUCCUCUCUGAUAGUGAGAGGCAGUGCAUAGAGAUGGUCGUCAACAUGGGAUACUCACCUGAAAAUGUCCUUAAAGCCAUGAAGAAGAAGGGACACAACAUAGACCAGAUUUUGGAUUACCUGUUUGCACAUGGACAGCUUUGUGAGAAGGGCUUUGAUCCUCUUCUUGUUGAAGCAGCUUUGGAAAUGCACCAGUGUUCAGAGGCCAAGAUCACAGAACUCCUACAACUAAUGAGUCAAUUUAAAGAAAUGGGCUUUGAACUAAAAGACAUUAAGGAGGUCUUAUUAUUGCAUAACAAUGACCAACACAAUGCUUUGGAAGAGCUAAUGGCCCGUGCAGGAGCCAGCUGA